AUGGCAACGAGCUGGAGUCUGGCACUGCCCCCUUCUCCGGUGUCCUCUGCCGGCAAAUCCGGAGACCGCUACAUCCCCUCGCGGGCCGGAGCUACCUGGGACCUGCGCUUCCAUAGCCAACGUGAGGCGCCCAGGCCGAAGCAGACAUCCAGAGGUUCCGGCGCAGCCGACGGCAAAGGCGGCCUCCUCUACUCUGCCCUGCUGAAGAACGAGCUGCUGGGAGCUGGCAUCGAGAACGUCCAGGAGCUAGAGGCAGACGAGCGAAGCGUGCGGCCUUCUGCGCCCAGCAGGAAGAAUCUUUUCACCUACUCCCCCAGCACGACCCACUGGAGCCCAGACACCGCUAGUGAAGUCUCACCCUACGCAUUGUUACCUGUCAGCGAGAGAAGUCAGAACUUACUAACAUCUUCACGGCCAGUGACCCGGAACAUCGCCAGACGCCCUUUCAAGACCAUCGAGGCCCCUGUCCUCCGCGAAGACUUCUACCUGAACCUGCUCGAUUGGUCUCGUCUCAACGUCAUCACGGUGGGCCUGGGCACCCGUGCUUGCCUGUGGAGUGCUACCACCUGCCAGAUGACCAGACUCUGUGACCUGUCUGGGGACGGGGACUGGGUGACCUCCGUGGGCUGGUCGGAGCGGGGGAAGUUCGUAGCCAUCGGCACGCAGAAAGGUGCGGUGCAGAUCUGGGAUGUGGCGGCCGAGAAGAGAGUGUCCGUGCUGGAGGGCCACAAGGGCAGGGUCGGGGUGCUGGCCUGGAACGCCGACCAGAUUUCUUCCGGGAGCAGAGACAGGUGGGUCCUGCAGAGAGACGUCAGGGCGAAACCCCAGCAGUCUCGGCGCUGGCUGCGAGGUCACAAGAAGGAGGUGUGUGGGCUGAAGUGGUCCCCGGAUCGCCAGCUGCUGGCCUCGGGUGGGAGCGACAACAUGCUUCUGCUCUGGAACCCGGCCAGCUUAAAGCCCAUUCAGCAGUACGCCAAGCACGAGGCCGCGGUGAAAGCCAUCGCGUGGUCUCCCCACCAGCGCGGCCUGUUAGCGUCCGGUGGAGGGACUGCCGACCGCUGCGUCCGCUUUUGGGACACGCUGACCCGGCAGCCCCUGCAGAGCGUCAACACCGGAUCUCAGGUGUGCAACCUGGCCUGGUCCAGACACAGCAACGAGCUGGUGAGCACCCACGGCUACUCGGAGAACCAGAUCGUCGUCUGGAGGUACCCCUCCCUGACCCAAGUAGCCAAACUCACCGGACACAGCUACCGAGUUCUCUAUCUCGCCGUGUCUCCUGACGGUCAGGUCAUAGUCACGGGCGCGGGAGACCAGAUCCUGAGGUUUUGGAAAGUGUUCCCCAAAUCCCAGUCGCGGGCGUCUGGCUCCGUGCUCAAUCUCUUCGACCAAAUCCGCUAA